UGCAUCCUACGGCUGAAACGCCACCACCCAAGUGCAGGUGCACCUAAGACAAAGUAAUAAUACCGAAAGAAGCUAAGGUUAACCCAAACCCCAAAACCCAAUUAACUCCAAACAUGAACUUUCCCAUAAUCCUCCUCCUUCUUUUCUUCUUCUCCUUGAAGCCUCCUCAAAAACACGUUAUUGUGUCAUCAACCACACAAGACACAUGCUUGGAUGCUGUUUGCAAUCUAAGGGAGCCAGUAAUUCGAUUCCCUUUCCAAAUAGAACCAAACUCAUCAUCAUCAUCAUGUGGGUACCCAGGUUUCACAGUAACAUGCAACAACCGUGGCCAAACACUCCUCAACCUACCUCAUUCAGGAGGAGAGUUCAGCAUCAAAGGGAUAGACUACGACACUCAACAAGUGUGGGUAAACGACCCUGACAAUUGCCUUCCAAAACGCAUACUCUCUCUCAACCUCUCUUCAUCCCCAUUCGAAGCCGUUUACAACCAAGAAUUCACGUUCUUCAACUGUUCCAUGAACUUGGAGUAUCUCAAGCAUAGGUACAACCCCAUAGCUUGUCUCAGUGAUCCAAAGCACAUGCUUUUUGCAACGUCUUCGUCAACCGUUGUUGUUUACUUGUCGUCGAUUUGUAACGUGGUUAAGAGGGUGAAAGUGCCGGUUGGGGUGCCGUUUUACGAACAUGUUGUGUCGUCUAACCUCAGCGAUGAUUUGAGGUUGUCGUGGGAAUGGCCAGAGUGUGGGAGGUGUGAGUCACACGGUGGAAGAUGUGGCUUUGAGAGCAACACCACUUCGCAUGUUGUGUGUUUCAACGAUUUCCCUUCAAAAGGGUUUUCUCGUUGUGCACGAUAUGCAAUAGCUAUAGGCUUAGGAGUACCAGCAUUAUUGUGCUUCAUUGGGAUACUGAGUUGCCUGUGCAGCAAGCUCAAAAUCUUAGCACACCGUUGGGUCUGGGACCGUCAAACUGUACCAGAUUUCGAGCCCCUUAUUAGCCCACAACCAACAUUCAUUUUGGGCCUAGAUGGGCCAACUAUUGAGUCGUACCCGAAAAUGGUUGUGGGGGAGAGCCCAAAUAUUCUUCCGAAGCCCAAUGACAACACAUGCCCAAUAUGCUUGUCGGAGUACAAGCCCAAAGAGACAGUGAAAAGAAUACCUGAAUGUCUUCAUUGCUUUCACGCUCAAUGUAUUGAUGAGUGGCUUCCAUUGAAUGCUUCUUGCCCAAUUUGCCGAACUUCUCCCAACAAGUUACCUGCAGCAGCUUAAUCCAUCAUUAGACUCUCAUACUUAAUAGUUAAUACUAGUUUACCAGUAAUUAAUACUUCUACCACUUCAAUUCUUUGUCUCUCUCUACUCCCUAGUUUUUUUUCUUCAAAUUUGUAGCAUGUGUAAUACUUUCUUUUUUGCUUUAAAUAAAAUGUUGAAACUAACCAACCCCUGAACUACCUAAACUAUUCUAGUGUUUGUAAUCAGCUGGAGAUUGGAGAGCAAAUUAGUAUGAACAGAUUUUAGAACAGUUUGAAAAUUUUUUACAUGUACACAAAAGAUUAGUCACUAAUCAGUUACGAUGUAUCUACAUUGAUUUAAAUAUUUUA